AUGACUGUCAACCGGCCCGGGGAGACACCUCUCCGCAUGGACUCAUUCCUGGAUGGCGAGGAGAAGCAGGUUACGAAAGUGAGGAGUGAGUCGAGUUCAGAGGGGGAAGGAGAGGGAAAUUUCGCUGAGCGAAAGCAACGAAGGAUCAGUCGAUUCAGAGAGGAGCUGGGAGCUGGGCAUGAGUAA